AUGGAAGAAGGUUGCAGCACAUUGGUACGGAGUCUCGAGCAGAAGUACCUGGAUGAUGACGAUGACAUUGUCCAGGACAUCUUAUUUACUGGAUUUACUGGAUGCUCCCCAUGCAAAAUGGCUAGUCAACGGGCUCUGGAGCUACUGGUGUUGAACAAUAUGAAUAUCGGAACGAUCGGAGAUACUGACAAGUUUGCCACAUUGGCUUCCCAUGUUUCUGAGGCAGAUCUCGGAUGGAAUCAAAUCUCCCAGUGGUCCGAUGUCGCUUGCAUCUUGAAAAAUUUGCCACAUCUCCGCGUUUUGAACAUCGGUCACAACCCUUUGAAUCCCGUGAUUGACCAUGAACUGCCAGUUUCUACACUGCACACCAUUAUUCUUAACGGCACCCAUCUCCCAUUCAAAACCCUUCAAUCUGUUCUCUCCGUUCUACCAAAAGUCAAUGAACUCCACAUGUCAGACAACAAAUUUAAAGAAGAUGAUGACUGCGAUGAACCCAUCAGCACCACAGUCCGAACGAUUCAUUUAAACAGAUGCGGAUUCCAGGAAUGGUCGUCUGUUAUGAAUGUUGUCAAGCGAUUUCCAAAUGUAUGCUCAGUUUUUGUUUGCGAAAAUCCUCUAAAAGAUGUCACCCAUUGCAAACAAUUUGAGCAACUCCCAUUUUGGAAUUUUCUCAACCUGGCAAAGACUUCAAUUGAUUCUUGGAUAAGUUUGGACAACUUGAGCAAAAUGACCUCUAUCACUGAUCUCCGUAUACCCAACAUUCCAUUGUUAGACCCUCUGACCAACGAAGAGAGGUUACACCUUAUCAUCGGACGCAUUCAUCACUUGCGCGUGCUCAACGGCUCGAAAAUAACAAAUGAGCAGAGAGAGCAAUCUGAACGGUUCUUCAUACGCUAUUAUCAGGAGCAAAAGGAGAAACCGGUACAGUACAAAACGUUGAUUGAAAAACACGGAAAUCUUGAAAAACUGGUGAACAUUGACCUGACACCCAAAAAAGAUGCUGUUGUGAAAUUAGUAUGCGAGGAGAAAGACGUCAACCAAGAGAUAACAAUCUCACUGGAACCAACAAUACUCGAAUUCAUGAAAUGCUUGGAGCCAAAAGUUGGAGUGAAGUACACACGAAUGAAGCUCUUCUUGUUCAGAGGAGACGGCCGAAGUGAGGACUUUACAUCCAGCUCGUAUAACAUGCCGUUACACUAUUUCAAGAUAGAAGAUGACGAUGUAUUCAUGAUUCAGGUACAUGUUGUAAAAGAGAAAGUUUCGGAAUCAUCUUGUAAUUGA